UUGCGAAAUAGAGAGAGAAAUAUUUUUUUAAGUUUAUAAAUAUUUUAUUUGUGUUCUGAAAGAUUUUCAGAAAUAUCAAAGAUUAAUUGAAUUUACAAUUUGUUACAAAUGCGAUAAAUUAAUAUCGAUUUAUAAAUGCUUCUAUAAGUAAAUUUUUAGGUGCGUUUUAUCGAUACAAUAUACGCAUGUGUUUUUCUUCAUCCAAAAUUAAUAAUUAUAACAACAAUGAUAGUAGCAAUUUCAUUAAAUUUGAUAUUAUUUCAACUUAUCAUGCAAUAACCAUUUUUAAUUCUGAUUCUGUUUCUAUACUUAUAAACUAUUUUAUAUACUCUAUACUAGAUUUAUAUUGUAAAAGUAUGAAAGUCAACUCAGUGUGUGCAUAUUGAAAAAUAUUACAUAUAACUCUUUGAAGCAUGACGAUAGUCAUAGUAUUACAUUGAAGUUGUUUCACAUAUAAUAAUAAAAAUUUAUUUUUCUUGUUGAAAUUUAUAAAUAGAAUAACUCGGUCAGUCUUAUUGGAGAAAUUCUCUCCUCAAGUAUUAAGUUGGAGGGGGUACAUAUAAGGUGCUAUUUUAGCAGUAAAUAUACAUUAUAUUGCUGUUGAUAUAUGAGUAGGAUUGUAUAUAAACCUCAUAUAAUAAGCUUCAAAGAGUUACAGUGCACAUCUUACACGACCAGAAAUAUUAUAACACACAUUUGUAAAAUGUUUUAGCAAUUGCAUUAUUUUCUAAUCGUCUAUCAGAUAAUUAAAACAUUGAUACUGAUGCAUUUGCUAAAAUAUAAAAAGAUAAAUCGUACUUAGUGAUAUAAAAAUAUGUUUACAGAGAUGUUAAACCUAUUAAGAUUUUAUAUAUUUUUACGAGAUUACAUCAUGAUCUUUUACUUAGUUUUCUGUACUAUCUAUUGCAUGUUUAUUGUAUAUAAUACAUAUAUAUGUGUGCGCGCGUGUGUAUGUGUGUGUGUUCGUUAUUUUUAAUACAUUGUAUGUAGCACUUUAUGACAAUGUAAUGAGCUUUAGUUAAACAUAGUUAUGUCGGGGAAGUGUUAUUACAUACUAUUUACAAAAAAAUAAGAAGCCGAUUUUUACUCACUUUCUCUCUUAUACUUUCUAUACAUGUGUAUGUGUGUGUGCAUGUGUGAGUGCGUGCGGCGUGUUCGUGUAUGUACACAUAUAUACAUGCAUAUAUACACACACACAUACACGCAUAAUAUGCGUAUAAAGACAAAAAUGACAAACAACGCGAUCUGUACAAAUCGGUUUAAGUAAAAAGAAAUUUGUGAUCUUCCAUAGUUAAUCAUUAAAAUGUUGCUACAUGCGACAUGCAAUAAUAGAUAGUACUUAUGCAUGUUUUUGACAAAUCUUAUAUUGUUCCGAUUCAAUAGAAAUAUGUUCUCAAACAUAAACAAAAGAAAAAAAUCUAUCCGGUCUGUAAUAUAAAAAUAAAACAAUUACUUCAACCAUCGAUUUGAUUAUUGUUAACGAUGUGUAUAAGUAACGAGCGAUCAUUGAAAGUUCAUAUAAAAGUUCGUUUGAUUUGAUUGUAUUUAAAUUUCCGCGGUAUUUUUGUUCAGAAAAAACAAUCAACUAUAUACGCUAUUGUCAUUAAAAAGAGUCCAAUGAUAUUUGUGACAUUACUGUCUUCAAGGUACAGCAAUGACUUGCGCGGCAUAUUUUAUAAAGCUUUUCUUCGAAGCAGAAGCUCACCCUACGAACGAUGGUGGCUCGAAGUUGGUCAGUCAGUGAAAAGCGUUCGUUAGAGACACUCGUAACGUUCAUUGUAUCUUUUGGUUGAUUGUGUUUUUCAACAAUUUUUAUAUCCUUAUAUUGAUAUUAAUUAAUUCAUUAUAUUUAAGAUCAAUUAAAUAAAGUGUAAAAUUUAAUAAUCAUCCGUUUGACAAAGGACUAUCGGUAUUUGAAUUUUUUAAUUGGCGGGAAAUUUAAAAUCCUCGUAAUAUCUUGAAGUGUCAUAUUAAAUAUUAGAAAAAUAUUAAUAUUUAGAUGAUAUAAAAGAAAUUUAUUUUUUCUUACAAGAGGACAUAAAUUCGUUUGAACUACUACACCGACUUAAUAUCUUAAGCAUAGAUGGAAAAAAUCUUUUGUAAAUUAUGAAGGUAGAUUGUUCUGCAAAAAGAAUGACAGAUGUAGUAGGUAUCAAGAAAAUUUGACAAAAGAGAGAGAGAAGGAGGAAAAGAAGACAAACAUGAAUUCGUCCUACCGAUGGGGGAAGAACGAAUAUGGCAGCAAAUAUCAUUUUUCUUAUUAUAGUCAGUUCGGUGAAAGGUACGAAGCAGCUGUUGUAGAGGUGACAGUACUUCUCAUUACGUUCUUCGCAGCAAUCAUUGUCAAUGUUGGAAUGGCCGUUUGCGUGCUCAGGUACAAGGAGAUUAGAACGCCCACGAACUUGUGCCUAGUGAACUUGGCUGCAGCGGAUCUAUUGUUUGCUCUUGGUAUCCCAGUGGUUGCUUACACCAGAUUGACGCAAUCUUGGGAACUCGGUGACGUAGUUUGCGCAUUAUUACCAUAUUCCGAGUACGUAUGUGGCUUCGUACUUUUAUGGACGCUCACAGUUAUAUCAAUAGACAGACACAAAUGUUUAGCAGUAGCACCAUAUAGAAGCAUCCUAACUAAUCAAAGAGUGCUCUUUAUUUGUUUAACAACAUGGAUCGUCGCUUUUUUUGUCUUUCUUCCUGUUACAAUUUGGUUUAAGCCAAGGGCAGUCUCGGGUGGUGUUAAAAUAUGUACUCUUGUCUUUCCACAAAAAUCAAUGGUGAAAAUAUCACUUAUUUUUACUAUAGUAACACUCACGUUUACUUGUCUGUUACCAAUGAGUCUUUUGGUGUAUCACUAUCAACAGAUAUUUAAAAAGAUUCUUAAUACGCGAGAUAGAUGGGCUGUACCUUGUGUAGCUCAAGACUUAACAACUGGUAAAGGAAACAGAAGAGAUUCGGAAUUAUCGGUGGUAGGAUCAUUAAUACCAUGGGUUGGAAGAAAAUUAUCUACAUCAUCAGUUAUAGAACGUACUGGUAGAACUGGUAGUAUGUCACAACACGAGGAAGUCCGUCUUCACAAGCAUAUACGUGUCAUGCGGAUUUUAUUAUUAAACGUAGUUGCCGUUUUAGUCAUGUGGUUGCCAAUAACGAUCAUCGCUCUCUUGCUUUUCAUUGAUGCUCAGAGACCACCUAAACAAACUGAUUUUUUCAUGAGAUCGCAUCAUUUCAUUUGGGCACUUAUUACAGCUCAAUUGAAUACAGUGGUCAAUCCUAUUCUUUAUGGUAUAUUCUCAGAAAACUUUAAAGUCUGUGUUACCAAAAUUCUACAACGUCGUUCCAAUAAAAACGAUGAACAAGAAGAUCGUAGUGCUAAUGGUUCGAAGAAAAGUGCUAAAUCAUUAGAUACACUUCAAGAUCGACUUGGUGGUCCCAGAAUACAAAAUAGUUUUAGAAAUUCUGUGAAACAACCAAAGAGUUCCAGUUGCAGUAUUGGAAGUAUAAUAGAAAUGCCCAGUUCUGAAAAAAUUUAAACAUAUUUAUUAUAUUUAUUAAUAAGUUUACUUGUGUUCUUAUAGAUAAA